CUCGAGGGCCCGUGGGAGCUGAGGCCAUGUGUCCGUGUGGCGGCGCGCGUCCCGCCGCAAGGCCUGAAGGUCGCCCUGCUGGGCCCCGGUGCGCCCCCGGCCGUGGUGGCGGGUUCCACGGCCUGUCCGCUGUCGGGAACCGGGCCGAGGAUGCCCCGGGCUCAGUCUGGGCAGCGCCGCCGGGCGCCUUCUGAACGCUGGCGGAGCAAGGACACGCUGCGCCACGAGCUGGGGACCGUCCCAGGGGUGCGGCGUUGA